AGUCUCUCUGGUCAAGGGUGAUUUGGGAGCAAAUCGGCUGAUUGCACGAGAUCACGUGUUGGCAUCACAGGCGGCGCUUUAGUUUUUCCCCAGCAUAGCGCUUCCGAUCUGCGGCAACAAAAAUGGCGAUAACAGGCGCUGUCUACAAUUUGCUCUUCAGGAGAACCUCUACCUUUGCCAUUACCAUAAUGGUGGGAGCAGUUUUCUUCGAGAGAAUGUUCGAUCAAGGUGGAGACGCGAUAUUCGAAGAAAUUAAUCGUGGGAAACUCUGGAAGCACAUCAAACAUCGAUACGAGAACACGGAAGACGCCGACGAGUAAUGCGAUGAUGCGACUGACCGUCCCUUUGGCGUCUUUGUUUUUCCGGACGAAAGUUUUGGUGCUCCGCCACAUCAACCUGGUCCAUCAAGAGGGACGCGGGACUAAAUGUCUUUCUGAAUAUCUUGUCACCGACACCACCACCGCUCAAAUCAACGGAAAACAAUGCCCAUCCGCCUUCUUUGGAUUAAAUUAUUUUUUAAAUAAAGUGUAAUUGAGUCUAUGUUCAGUUAUGCUUUCGUUAUUAAAUGUUAGCUGUAUGAAUACUGUAUUGAAUUGUAUUAAGGCACUUCUCAACUGUCAAAAUGCCUGUUUGUCACCCAUACCAUGUAAGGGAUUAAACCUGUAUUGAUUA